UUCGAACGAGCAUCCAUGUUGGUGAUCCUGCUGAACUGUGUGACACUGGGCAUGUUUCAUCCCUGUGAGGACAUCAACUGCGACUCUGAGAGGUGCAAGAUCCUGCAGAACUUUGAUGACUUCAUCUUUGCAUUCUUUGCCAUCGAAAUGGUGAUCAAAAUGGUGGCUCUUGGGAUUUUUGGCAAGAAGUGUUACCUCGGAGACACGUGGAACCGCUUGGACUUCUUCAUAGUGGUGGCUGGGAUGUUGGAGUACUCCCCCAGCCUGCAGAACGUCAGUUUUUCAGCGGUGAGGACGGUUCGCGUGCUGAGACCUCUGAGAGCCAUCAACCGAGUGCCAAGUAUGCGCAUCCUGGUGACCCUGCUGCUGGACACCCUGCCCAUGCUGGGUAACGUGCUGCUGCUGUGCUUCUUUGUCUUCUUCAUAUUUGGCAUCGUGGGCGUCCAGCUGUGGGCCGGCUUGCUCAGAAACCGCUGCUUCGUGGAAGACAACUUCUCCUUCCCUUUCUCUGUGGAGAGAGAUAAAUACUACCACACUGAAAACGAUGACGAGAACCCCUUCAUCUGCUCUCUGGACCGAGAGAACGGCAUGAGAGACUGUGACUCGGUGCCAAAGCUGUACGAAGAAGGAGGAAUUCAGUGCAACCUGGACAUGUAUUCUUACAACAGCACUGACAACACCACCUGUGUCAACUGGAACCAGUACUACACCAAUUGCUCUGCUGGUCCGGUCAACCCCUUCAAGGGAGCCAUUAACUUUGACAACAUCUGCUAUGCCUGGAUUGCCAUCUUUCAGGUGAUCACUCUGGAGGGCUGGGUGGACAUCAUGUACUUUGUGAUGGAUGCUCACUCCUUCUACAACUUCAUCUACUUCAUCCUACUCAUCAUUAUCGGCUCAUUCUUCAUGAUCAACUUGUGCCUGGUGGUCAUCGCUACUCAGUUCUCAGAGACCAAGCAGAGGGAGAGUCAGCUGAUGAAGGAGCAGCGGGUGCGAUUCAUGUCCAACGCCAGCACCCUGGCCUCCCUCUCUGAGCCGGGCUCCUGCUAUGACGAGCUGCUCAAGUACCUGGUUCAUAUCGUCCGCAAGGGGGCCAGGCAAGUGGCCCAUGUCUGCAGGCUCUUGGCUCGCCGUGCAGGGCUUAAUAUUGCCGCCUCGCCCCCACCCACAGAGCCCCAACGUAGCCACAGCCAGAGAAGGAGGAGAAAGCCCUCCAGGCAGGGAUCUGUGUCAAUUCAUCACAUGGCACACCAUCACCAUCACCACCACCACCACCACUACAACCUGGGGAAUGGCAGUGUGAGGAGAGGAGGGAGCUUCAGGUGUCUUGAGGGCCGGGAUGUGGAGGCAGGUGCUCAUAACAACAACAGAGGGGCUCUUGUAUCAACCACCGGUGCUGGGCAUCUUGCUUUAUCUCCACCACUUUCAGUGACAGCAGCCACCUCAGAUACAAACCUGGCUACUUUGGCCAACCUUGCUGCUGGAGCUGCCGAUUCGUCUUCAGUCCACACUGUGAUUCACACAGAAAGUCUUUGCUGUACCCCCCCGAUCCCAGGUCCAUUCUCCCUUGCCCCGGCUCCCGUCUCCAGGGCCAUGAAGAGGAACUCUGUACCUUUUGCUGCUCCAGGGCCUAAGAACUACCCCACUCUGCAGGCUCGAGCCCUGGCAGAGUCAAGACGAGGGAGUGUUGCUGUCAGCACUCUGACUAACAUCAGCUUGAAUAUCCCACCCAUGCCCCUGGAGAGACGGCCAUCAAGCCUGGUGGACGCACACACUCCCACAGCUGCAGCCCAGCUCUCCUGCCAGCUGUCGGCUCGUGACCUCAGCAGUGCCAUGGACACAGCCGCAUUGACAUCGGACCCAGAAAGUUGCCCCUUGUGCGCAAGAGCGCUGGCCAACGAAUCAGAGGGUGGCACCGAGGGCAACGAGACCCCUGGAGACUCCGACAGCGACGGCAUAUAUGAGUUCACCCAGGACCUCCAUCACAGGGACAGGAGAGACAGCCGGCAGCCCAAAAAGAAGCACCGUCGACUGGGCAAGACGGCAGCGAAGGUGGUUCACUUCUGGAGGCUGGUGUGCGACACAUUCAGGAAGAUUGUGGACAGCAAGUACUUUGGACGAGGGAUUAUGAUCGCCAUUCUGAUCAAUACUCUGAGCAUGGGGAUUGAAUAUCAUGAGCAGCCUGAUGAGUUGACCUAUGCGUUGGAGAUCAGUAACGUUGUGUUCACCAGCCUGUUCUCUCUGGAGAUGCUGUUGAAGGUUUUGGUCUACGGGCCCUUCGGCUACAUCAAGAACCCCUACAAUAUCUUCGAUGGCAUCAUCGUGGUGAUCAGUGUGUGGGAGAUCAUGGGUCAGCAGGGUGGCGGUUUGUCGGUGCUGAGGACCUUCCGGCUGAUGCGGGUGCUGAAGUUGGUCCGUUUCAUGCCGGCCCUACAGAGGCAGCUGGUGGUGCUGAUGAAGACCAUGGACAAUGUGGCCACCUUCUGCAUGCUGCUCAUGCUCUUCAUCUUCAUCUUCAGUAUCCUGGGGAUGCAUCUGUUUGGUUGUAAGUUUGGGUCCGAGAGGGAUGGAGGAGACACUCUGCCAGACAGGAAGAACUUUGACUCUCUUCUCUGGGCCAUAGUGACUGUCUUCCAGAUCCUAACCCAGGAGGACUGGAACAAGGUGUUAUAUAACGGCAUGGCUUCCACCUCUCCUGUAGCUGCCCUCUACUUCAUCGCGCUUAUGACAUUUGGCAACUACGUCCUCUUCAACUUGCUGGUGGCCAUCUUGGUUGAGGGUUUCCAGACAGAGGAAGUGUCCAAGCGGGAGGAUUUGCAUGCCCAGCUGAGCCUAAUUCAGCUGCCUGUAGACUCAGGGGGUGACGCUUCCAAAUCGGGUUCGGAGAUCGAUUCCUGUGCACGAAGUAUGGAGGAUGUUAACGGCAGCAAGAAGGAUUUAUCAGCCUCUGCAGUAGUGCCUGUAAAUGGCCACGUGGACCUGAAGACCAGCCUGACUCCACCUCUAAUUACCCACACGGCUGCCACUCCCAUGCCCAUACCCAAGUUGCCCGUUGGAGGGGACCCCGUCCUGGGCUACGAGUCCCGUCGAGGCAGUAACGUCUCCAUAGACCCAGCCUGUUACGACAAAUCACCGACCAGCGCCCAGAGCUCUUCCCCACACGCCCCAUGGAGCUCUGGCAGCGGCUGGACCAGCCGCCGGUCCAGCUGGAACAGCCUGGGUCGUGCCCCCUCACUCAAACGCCAGAAGCGGCAGUCUGGGGAGCGCCGGUCUCUCCUCUCCGGGGAGGGUGGCUCCAGCUCGGAUGACGGGGAAGGCGGAGGUGGGUUGAUGGACGAAGACGACGCUUCUCUGGCCAGGACAGACUCCAUGUCCCAGUCGCAGAGAAGGCCCAGACACCGGAGGAUGGAGUCAGUGGAGACUCGGAGCUCUAUGGAUUUGCACCCUGAUGCUCUGCUGCAGGUGCCCUACCUGUACCGCUCAGCCAGUAUGCACAGCUCCAGGCCCCCUUCACUGGGACACUUACGGCCCCCUGAGCACAGCGACUGCAAUGGGAAGGGCUCUCCAUCGGUCCUGGGCCCCACACAUGUCUCUCUGGAGGAAAACACUGAAGACGAAAAUGCAGACGACGAGGCCAGCCUGGGUCGUUUUGCCAGACUGUUCCGCUGGCUGGAGAAGAAGCAGCCGGAGUGGUGUAAACAGAGAGACACCUGGUCACUCUACCUCUUCCCUCCAGACUCAAGGUUUCGCAUCCUGUGCAAUAAGAUUAUCACCCACAAGAUGUUUGACCAUAUUGUGUUGGUCAUUAUCUUCCUCAACUGCAUCACCAUCGCCAUCGAGAGACCUAGCAUCACCACUGCCGAGCGGAUCUUCCUAAAAUUAUCAAACUACAUCUUCACGGCAAUUUUUGUGGCUGAGAUGACUAUAAAGAUCGUAGCUUUGGGCUGGUGUUUUGGGGACAAGGCCUACCUGAGGAGCAGCUGGAACAUUCUGGACGGGAUGUUGGUGAUGAUCUCUGUUAUCGACAUCCUCGUGUCUCUCAUCUCCAACUCUGGUACCAAGAUCCUGGGCAUGCUCAGAGUGCUGAGGCUGCUGAGGACCCUGAGGCCACUACGUGUGAUCAGCAGAGCCCCGGGGCUGAAGCUGGUGGUGGAGACUCUGAUGUCGUCACUGAAGCCCAUCGGCAACAUCGUGGUCAUCUGCUGCGCCUUCUUCAUUAUCUUUGGCAUCCUAGGAGUACAGCUCUUCAAGGGGAAGUUCUUCGUGUGUCAAGGAGAGAGUGUACAGAAUAUCACUAACAAGUCAGAAUGUUCGCAGGCCAACUACAAAUGGGUCAGACACAAGUACAACUUUGACAACCUUGGACAGGCCUUGAUGUCUCUGUUUGUUCUGGCAUCAAAAGACGGCUGGGUGGACAUUAUGUAUGAUGGUCUGGAUGCUGUAGGAGUUGACAUACAGCCGAGAAUGAACCACAACCCAUGGAUGCUACUCUACUUCAUCUCCUUCCUGCUGAUCGUAGCCUUCUUUGUGCUCAACAUGUUCGUGGGUGUCGUGGUGGAGAACUUCCACAAGUGCCGGCGCCACCAGGAGGCUGAGGAGGCCAAGCGCAGGGAGGAGAAGAGACUGAAACGCAUGGAGAAAAAGAGACGGAGUAAGGAGAAGGAGCUGGCUGAAGCUCAGAGUAAACCCUACUACUCAGAUUACUCCCCCAUUCGCCGACUCAUCCACAAGAUGUGCACCAGCCCCCACCUGGAUCUGUUCAUCACCGUCGUCAUAGGACUCAACGUCAUCACCAUGUCCAUGGAGCACUACAAGCAGCCCAAGGAGUUGGACAAGGCAUUGGAGAUCUGUAACUACAUCUUCACCCUCAUCUUUGUGCUGGAAUCCGUCUUCAAGCUGGUGGCCUUCGGCUUCCGACGCUUCUUCAAGGACAAGUGGAACCUGCUGGAUCUGGCCAUCGUGCUGCUGUCCAUCAUGGGCAUCACUCUGGAGGAGAUUGACGGCAAAGCUUCACUGCCCAUCAACCCCACCAUUAUCCGCAUCAUGAGAGUGCUGAGGAUUGCACGAGUUUUGAAGCUCUUGAAGAUGGCGGUGGGGAUGAGAGCUUUGCUGGACACCGUUAUGCAAGCCCUGCCUCAGGUGGGGAAUCUGGGUCUUCUCUUCAUGCUUCUCUUCUUUAUCUAUGCAGCCCUGGGAGUGGAGCUGUUUGGUGACUUGAUCUGUGAUGAACUCCACCCAUGUGAAGGUCUGGGGCGCUACGCCACAUUCAGAAACUUUGGGAUGGCAUUUCUGCUGCUCUUCAGAGUUUCCACUGGAGACAACUGGAAUGGCAUAAUGAAGGACACAUUAAGGGACUGCGCUCAGGACACCAACACCUGCUACAACACCGUGGUCUCUCCCAUCUACUUCGUCUCCUUUGUUCUGACCGCUCAGUUUGUCCUCGUCAACGUCGUCAUUGCUGUCCUGAUGAAGCACCUGGAGGAGAGCAACAAGGAAGCCAAGGAGGAGGCGGAGCUGGAGGCAGAGUUGGAGCUGGAACGGCAGUUAGAAGCGGGAGAGACAGCGCCGAGGUCGCCCCAGCUCAACCCUCUGGCACUGGGCACGGACAGAUCGAGUUCUGGGGGCUCCCCCUGGAGGUCCACUGGAGGAGGGGACAGGGAGCAGGAAAGAGACGGUCCUAUGGACUCGCCCACUGCUGAUAUAACCAGAGACCCUGUAAACAUCAGAGCAGACCCCCCUUCUUGCCUGGAUCCCCCACUGGAGUUUGUCCAGCGGAGAGCACAGUUUGACUCGGUCUCCCUGGUCAUCCAGGGUUCAAUGGAGGGAGAGUUGAGUUUGAUGGACAACCUGUCUGGCUCUAUCUGCCACUACUACGCGCUGCCCCCCAAGCCCAGCAAGCACAGCACCGACAAGAAGAUCCCUCUAGCGGAGAUGGAAGCUCUGUCUCUGGCCUCUGAGAAAUCCUGGUCCCUAGCUCUGACAGACGACUCGGCCCCUGACGAUUUUAACCCCCUCUUUCUAACCACUCUGGAAUGCAAUCCAGAGCAGCUAGAUCCUGGGGAGCCACUGGAGGACAACCUGCUGAGCGUCAGGAAGCCUGCGGUGGGACGCACACACUCCCUGCCCAACGACAGCUACAUGUUCCUCCCCCUGCAGCCCUGUGGCAACACGACUGUGGCUUCAGCACAUCUUCUAGCACAGACACAGGGGCCUGAGCACAUACUGGGCACCCACAGGUCCCAGUCAGGCUCCAGCAGCUCGGUGCGUUCACAACCAGAGGAGCGUUCCCAGCAGCUGACCGUUCCAACAGACCUCUUCAGACCUAUCAGCCCCCACAGCCACUCAGACUCGGAGAGUAUACUACGACUUCCCCCUCCCAGACGCACACACACAUUCAGCCGCACGCUUCGCAGACAGGUUGCAGUGUCUACUGACUCUCAGGAGGCCCUGUGUUCAGACGGAGGGGAGAGCAGUGAAGGACUAGUGAAUGUGGCCUCUGUGGGCCUCCCUCCAUCCCCCUCCAACUCCUCCACCUCUCUUUCCCCCUGCUCCCAUCAUCAUCAGCAGCCUGCUCUCUGCCUGGUCCCCGCUACGCCAGGCGCCUCCCCUAAACCCUCGCGCCCCAGCAGCGUGCACACCCAGCUUCAUGACCAGCACUGCCUCGCCUCCUACACCCCUUCCUCCCCUUCGCCAUCCCCUCCUCCCCCACCCUUACCAGCCAGGCCGCACCAACAGGAGAAGUUGGAUCAGGAAGUGUCCCUCAUUACCCGGGCAGGGUUGGCCAGCAGUGAUGAUAUUAUAGCAGAGGACAGUGGCGAUGGCGGUAAUGAGGGUUACAGCAGCUACGCAGGCUGCCCGGAGAGCCGGAGUCCAUGUCUGAGGCAGCUGAAGAGGUUCCACAGCGCUGACACGCAGGGCCGCAGUGCUCCCCCGCCCCGCCCCCGCCCUUACUCCUGGCUGGACGACCCACGACGCCACUCUGUUGAGGUGUGCUCCUCGGUGGAGUCCAGCCCCCAGCGCAGCACCACCUCCACCUCCUCCGGCUUUGUGUCGCGGGCCGACAGCCUGCAGAUCCACAGCCAGACCUCCACUCAGACCUCGCUGCCCUCGCCCCGACGCAAGAAGAAAAUGAGCCCGCCCUGCAUCUCCGUGGACCCCCCUGACGGACUGGAGCCUCAGUCUGGCCUCUACCCAAGCAUGGGUGGACUCGGGGGCAUGGGGCUGGGGGGACUGGGGAUGCCCCCCCCUCUGCCCAGCCGGGACACCUGCCUGAGGAGGAGAGCGCCCUCCAGUGACUCCAAGGACUCCUUUGACCUGGGAGUUGGAGAGGGUUCGGGACAGGACGGAGGCUCGCCAAACCCCAACACCAACCCCAAGCUACUGACUCUUCCCAGAGAAGACAAGCUCUGAGCACUGAACACUGAUACUGCAACACACAGACACACACACGCACACAGCUGGACGAACCCUCCACACACACAAACACACGAUGCACACCGUGUAUCUGUGAUGGUGAUAGUUCUAGUAAUAAUGCUGUAGAGAGUAAUAAUGGUAAAACUACAACAAACAGUAAAAACAUCCUUGGUUUCAUAAGGAGUGCAGUACUGUAGUAGUGUCACCAUCCCUUGUCUUUGUAUUGUUACUGCCAAAACAACCAGAGAAGAAGAGAACACACGAAACAACAACACAAACAUGACUGUUUCUCUUCGGUUACGUCUGCAUGCCACUGGCUGCAGCUCGACCCCGUAACCUCUGGAGUGACAUCAGCACCUGGGAUUUGGCGCCCUCUGUGGUCGUCAUAUGAACUGUCUGGUGUUACACAGGGUGGGCUUUGCCCGGUCGGUGGAGGUACAAAGCAAUAUGAACGUUUUAGAGACACUAUUUUCUUAAAUUAUUGGGCCAUAGUGUUUGUACAGGAUGUUGUUUUUUAAUUUCAUUUGAUUGUUAUUUUCAUGUCUUUUUUGUGAUUUUCUUUUUUUUUUGUCAAAAUGGUUUGUCUUUGUCUUUUUUUUCACUGUAGGAUAUUUCUAGCUUUCUUGGUUUACUGAGGAAAGUGAACGUUUUUCAAAGUGCUGAAAACCAUGUAUUUGUAGGAAUAAUAUAUAAAUAUAUAUAUAAAAAAACAAGUCAUUAAACUGAGCUUGGAUUUUUAAGCACACGCAUUAGACCGUGGUGGUUUGAUUGUUAGUGGAAAAAGGAGGUUUCACUUGAAGUUUUUACAUUGAUUGCUUGAUUCUCUUGAGGGUCUGAGACAGCCCCUGAGGUCUCUGCGCACGGGAUGUGAGGACAGAGACUAGAACAACUUCAGAAAAACAACUUCAAAUUGAUUCUGCAGUUGUGUUUUUGACAUUACUUCUUCUUUGACUUCUUAGAAUGUGCUAAUCCAACUUUUGUUGUUCAGGUGUGUGUCUGCAGCAGAUUUAUAUCCCUCUGGGCAUCAGAGAUUGAUAUCCAUUCCUCACAUUUCCUCUUUGUGUGAAGAGUGGACUGUCACUGCAGAAACUCUUAGGCUGCCCAAACCCAAAAGCACAAUAAA